UACUGGCUCCCAUAAAUAAAUGCCUCUCCAUGAGCGAGAAGCCAACCAAAACCAAGGAACCAACACACAAAGCCCCCCUCCUUUAAUUUGCACCCUCCCCAAAUCUUCCAUUGCCCUCUCUUCUCUCUUCUCUCUCCUCUCCCCUCUCCCUCUCCCCCUCGUCCUCCGCCCGUCCAUGAGGAUCAGGAGGCGGCCUCCGGGCCAGCCUCUCGCCUACCUGCUGCACUCAGAUCCGCCCGCGCCACAGCCACCGCGGGGCGCGUCGGGAGAUCACCAGGACCGCCCUGCCGGGGACAAGAGAGAGGAGGAGGGGUUGCACUUGCACCCGAGCGCGGCCGCGGAUCUCGGGGGCGACCGCUCAUCGGCGGCGAGGCGCCCGGCAUUGCUGCCAUUGCUGCCGCAGGACGGUGUGGUGGAACGCGGCAGGGGCCUGGGUGCACAACAACAGGGUCCUGCAGAUGGCCACAGGAGCCUAGAGAAUGGUCGUCACCGCGUGCUGGAGCCGGUGAUCAAGGCCGGAGAGCGUCUCAAUCUCAGCAACGGCGGCGACAGGUUAGCCCUGGCAAUAGUGACAACAACAACAACAAUGGUCGCGAAGGAUGGCGGCGGCGGCAGCAGCAAGAAGCCGCGGGGGCCGGGUGUGCUGCUGGAGGGGUCUCGGUGCAGCCGGAAGAACGGGCGCGGGUGGCGCUGCAGCCAGCCGACGAUGGUGGGCUACGCCCUCUGCCAGUACCACCUCGGCAAGGGCCGGAUGCGGAGCGCGGCGGCUGCCGCCGCCGCACGCGCCGCCGCGGGGCAGCUCGGCCGCACCGAGAACGGGAAGAAAGCACCCGCCGCGGCGGCCGCGGCCACGGCCACCAUCACCGCCACCGCCGCGCCGCCCAAGGCCGCCGACGUGCCGCCGGCGAGCGUGCAGCACUGCUAGGCGCGCGCAUCGCAUGGCUGCUGGCUGGCGGAGAUCGAUGGGACCGUAAGAUUCUUGGACAUCGUGGUGGGGUUGCACAUAUAAUCUGGUGGCGACUGAAUUCUUCGUUGCGUUCCCAUUCCAAUCUUGCAAAUGCUGUGGUGCCGUACCCCGUGAGGAAAAGUUUUUGCGGCGGAUUGUGUUCGUCGUUUAUACCGAGCUUAAUUUCUUCCAUGCUCCUUGCAUAUAUGCGUCUGCGAUUGGCGAUUGCACCGCCGGUUGCAGUAGUAGAGGUGCACUCCUGCGACUCCAUUGCUACUGUGGCUGGUGCAGCUUUCGCCUGCGGUUCUUGGUGCAUCAGUCACUGUGCAUUCGCCGGUGCUCUGUACUUUUCUCUAAAAAAAUAUAUAU